AUGGAUAUACUAAAUAGAAAUACAAGUAUUUCUGAGUUCAUCCUUCUGGGACUUUCCAGUUCUUCAGAAACUCAAAUAUAUUUUUUUGUCAUCUUCCUUUUUGUCUAUGUUGCCAUCAUAGUGGGGAAUCUCCUUAUUGUGAUCUCUGUGGUAUUUGAUGAUCAUCUUCACUCACCUAUGUAUUUCUUUCUAGCAAAUUUAUCAUUUUUUGACUUAUGCCUUUCCUCUGUGGCUACACCGAAGGUUAUUGCAGACUUUCUUAGAAAAUGGAAGACCAUUUCACUAUGGGGUUGCAUGGCCCAAAUGUUUUUCAUGCACUUCUUUGGUGGUGGUGAAAUGGCUCUCUUGAUAGCUAUGGCCAUAGACAGGUAUGUUGCUAUAUGCAAGCCAUUGCACUACAAAACUAUCAUGAGCAAUAGGGUGCUCAUUGCCCUUCUAUUACUUUCAUGGGUAAUUGGUUUCAUACAUACAACAAGCCAAAUGGUUUUCAUAGUGGGUUUACCUUUCUGUGGCCCCAAUGUUGUAAAUAGCAUAUUCUGUGAUCUCUCCCUGGUCAUCAAGCUUGCCUGUACAGAGACUUAUAUCCUACAACUCUUAGUAAUUGCUGACAGUGGGCUUCUAUCUUUGGUCUGCUUCAUUCUAUUGCUCAUAUCCUACAUCAUCAUGUUGACCACCAUCUGCCAGCGUUCCUCCAUUGCAUCCUCCAAGACUGUGUCUACACUAUUGGCACAUAUCACUGUAGUAACUCUCUUCUUUGGUCCUGCUAUCUUCAUCUAUGCUUUCCCAUUCAGUAGUUAUUCUGUAGAUAAAUUUCUUUCUGUGUUUUACUCUGUACUCACUCCCUUCCUUAAUCCAAUUAUUUAUACACUAAGAAAUCAGGAAAUGAAAACUGCCAUUAAGAGACUGAGCAACCACUACAUCAGUUUCUGGUAG